CGCCGCCACCACUCCAUACGCUUAUCUCUGUCUCUCUCUCUCCUCCCCCUCCUCCCUCACGAGCGCGCACCCCGUUUCAGACACAGCAGGGCAGGGCUCCACAAGACACCAAGGCAGCUCAGGCUUCUCCCCAAGCCAUCCCCCAACGCGCCUUCCGCUCUCCCCCUCCCGCCAUGGCUAAGCUCGCCCUUGCACUGCUGCUCCUCGCCGUGGCAACGUCCGCCUCCGCGGCCUCGUCGCUCGCCGGCGGGGACCACCGCCUGGACCUGGGCUUCCUCUCCGCCGGUAGGAGGGAGUGCCGCGGCACGGUGGCCGAGUGCCUGGCCGAGGAGGAGGAGGAGGAGCUCGGGUCCGCCUCGGCGGAGGGCCACCGCCGCGCGCUGUACAGGAGCGGGUACAUCAGCUACGGCGCACUGCGCCGGGACAGCGUGCCCUGCUCCCGCCGCGGCGCCAGCUACUACAACUGCCGCCCCGGCGCGCAGGCAAACCCCUACCACCGCGGCUGCUCCCGCAUCACCCGCUGCCGCGGCUGAGCUUUGAGCCUCCUCUGCCGGCGCCGGAUCCGUCGCUGGGAGCAGUAAAGGUCUCAUCUUUGGCUGCUUCUCCGCCGCCGCCGCCGUUCCCGACCCAAAAAUAAGUUCCUUCUGCUACUGUUUACUACUAGCUAUUGAUUUAUUUGCUGCUGCUGCUGUAUUUGUGAUCUUUGUGCUGUGUAAAGUAAGGGGGAUUCCAGAUUUGUGCCUCCAUGGCUGCUUAAUAUGAACAUAUACUCUUUAUUCUUUCGAAUGAUUGAUUUCUGCCUACCUGUUCUUGGAGAGGGAAACAAAA